AUGUUCUUUAUCACUAACGUUGCCUUGCUUAUUUGUGUUUUAAAGUUGACGGAACUUUUAACUGGCUGCUCGAAGGAAGCGCGUAAAUUAGCCAUUCAUAGUCGACGAAGAACAGUAGUGGUUGGUGCUGUACAGAACGCUCUGCGUAUGAUACGCAUUGCGGUUCCUAUAGCAUUUAUGGCCCUACCAGAGCCUUCCGUGCCACAAUCGCGUAUGCCAGCUGGAGAUCAACUAUAUAUCGGGGAUAAUGUGGAUCUCAAUGUGCCGUUACAUGCACCACCUUCCCAAACCAGAACUCCCAGCGAGCGUCGUAUUGGUGUUCAAUGGCCAAGGGUGGAAAACGAUGGAUUCCCACAACCACAGAAGAAGAUGAGGAUGGCGUUGCCAGAAAACGAAGUCACCUCUUCUCUUCUUCCGGCUGCACUGAGAAAAUGGACCUCUCCAUCUCCUGAACUCGUUUCACCAUCGCUUUCAUAUCGUUUGGCCGCACAGGGUUUGCCAAGAAAGGAACGCAUUUUGGUUAAUCCAUUGCUUCCGGAUUUGUCAGUGGAGGAACAGAGAUACCUUAAGGAAGUUGUUGAAGCUUGUGUUGGUGUGGAUCGUGAAAAGCGUCAAAGAGCUCUUCACUCUCUGGAGCGAAAUGCAACGCUUCAAGUGUUUCUACCACGACUGUCGCGCUUGUUUCAUACAGCUGUUCGUUGGAAUAUCGUCCUUCGUUCUCUCUCCAUGUUGAUUUACAUUGUGCGAAUGAUGAGAGCGGUUGCCUUUAAUACAUCAGUGAAGUUAGGUGGAGUGCUUCAUGAAUUUUUGCCGUCGCUGAUCAGUUGCAUGGUAUGCAGAAUUUUAUGCGAUCGACCAGAAUUGGAGGAUCACUGGGUACUACGUGAUGUUGCUGGCAGCACUCUGAUCAAGAUCUUAAAAGAUCACGGCACAGAAAAUCUUCGAUGUCGUUCGUUUUGCUUCGUCAAGAAGAUCUUUUACGAUUCAUCUUCAAGUUAUCCUAUGAUCUAUGGAACAAUUCCAACUCUACUAGAGUUUGCUACACCGGACGAAGUAAGCUGA